GCCCCCUUUUGUACUGCAAUUAAAUGCUUAACGUUUAUUCAUUAGUAUAUAUGCGUAGUUUACAGCGAGACAUGCCAAUCUCCAGUCUCCAAACAGGAGUUUUCUUCAAUCUACAGCUAUUAGAGACGUAUCCCACAGCCGUGCAACCUUCUUAGCCGUGUUUAUUCCUCCACCAUGGCCACGCUCUUCGCCUGAAACGUCCCAUCAAGUUUUGUAAUCGUGUGGCUCACUGCACGUGAGUAUUCGAUCACCAACUCCUUGCCAAAAAAUGUCUCCUUCUGGAGGUGCGCUGGUAGGGGUACUUGGGGCUGGCAUCUCCGGACUCUCGUUUGCCUACUUUCUCCACAAACUCAGGCCAGAUGUCAGCAUUACCAUUUUUGAAAACACCGACAGGGUUGGGGGCUGGAUCAACUCGACAAAGUACGCCAUUGGUCUGGAAUUCGAGCCUCUCACAGUGUUGGAGAAGGGCCCCAGGACGUUGCGGGGUGUGAGCGAUGGGUCGAUCUUGAUCGUGGACACGCUUACCGAGCUCAACAAGGCCAAUUUGGUGCUAUCUAUGAGUAAGGACUCACCAGCCAACAGAAAGUACUUGCUAUGCGGCGAAGCGUUGGUGCAGGUUCCAUCAUCCUUCAGUUCGUUUGUGAAGUUCAUCAUGAGCCCGCUAGGUGCCAAGUUACCCCUCAGUGUACUCAUGGAGCCAUUCCGGAAGCCACCCAAGGAAGCGACUAGAGACGAAAGUGUGCGCUCCUUUUUGACUCGCCGAUUCGGGAGUCAUAUUGUGGACAACGUUGUGAGCGCGGUGUACCACGGAAUCUAUGCGGGGGACGUGUCGAAGUUGAGUGCGCGGUCGUUGAUGAAAGGGAUGCUCGACUUUGAGGCCCAGCACGGCUCAGUGCUCAAGGGUACCCUCAACAAGAUCCAGGCCAGCAAAAUGGAAAAGAAAGCGCUGAAACAGGCUGGGAAGCCGGCGUCGGUGUUGAGUGACGACUUGCAAAACUAUCAGUCUACACUUGCCCAGGGGAGAAACAUUCCCGCCUUGAAGACCAUUUUAAACAGAUUCCCCAUGGUUAUGGUUGCAAAUGGAUUGGAAACGUUGCCCCGCUUGCUUGCAGAGAAUUUACAAGCCAGCCCUAGGAUUGAGAUUUUGCGCAACCAGACUGUGACUGCGAUUCUGCCUGGGCAGACCAUUUCCUUAACUUCACUGGGAGAACAUUACGAGUUCCAGCACAUCCGCUCCACCAUACCAACCUAUAACUUGUCCCGGCUUUUGCCUCUAAAAUCUGUCAUUCAGCAGAACUUGGCUAAAGUGGAAUACGUCAGCAUCUUUCUCGCAAACGUUUACCUCCCGAGAAAGGAUAUCUUGAAGCACACCCGGGGGUUUGGCUACUUGGUUCCAAACUCGAGCCAGAAUAAUGAAAACCUCUUGGGGAUCAUUUUUGACUCUGAGGUCGAGAAGGGAAUGCAGAGCACGUUCACCAGAGAAAACACCACGAGUUCCACAGAAUGCUACAAGAUUCCCGAGGGAAGAGGCAACCUGAAAAGGGCCGUAGACACAGCAGAACCCUUGGAGUACACCAAACUUACCAUCAUGAUGGGUGGCCAUUUCUUCAACAAGCAUGGAAUUCCGUCGGACAGCAUCAAUCUAGCCGCCGCGAAGAACGUACUCCUUCGACACUUGAAUCUAGACGUGUCGCAAUACCGUCUAGUGGACUUGUCCAAGGGUGAAACCGCGGCCGGGGACAAUGUCAUCUACAUCGACUACAAACUCCACCGUAAUUGUCUCCCGCAGUUCAAUGUGGGGUACGCGGAUAACAAGGAAGGUAUGGAGGCGAUUCUUAACGACGAAUUCAAGGGGCAAUUGAGCGUUGGCGGUAUGGCCUUUGGUGAUGGAGCCGGUGUUCCUGACUGCGUCAUGAAUGGGUUCAGGGGAGCCUGGGGGAUGAAAUAAAAUAGGGAAAUCUUGUAUAUAAAUGCUAGGUUAGAGAUAGUGCCACAAAAUUUGCAUGGCUUGGGGGUCGAAUCAUGGCACUUUCAUCGUUGUCCUCUUCAAGAAUAUCUUUUAUAGAGGUUUGAAAAGUAGCCAAAAAGUUAUAGUUGGAUGUUAGACCAUAUUAUAGCUGAGAGUAUAGCUCCCAUACAGGGCAUCAGCAAACCCAUACAUCUAAAGCUCGUGGUGCCGAGGCACACGCGAUUAUAUGCGCCACAGCCUGAAAUAGACGAUAUACCCGAGAAGGGAUAAUAAGCAGACACAUAUAUCCAAGUCAUAAAAAAGCUUACAUGCUAAGGUUAUCUUAGUUGCAAUGACUUAAAAUAAUACUAGAUUGCCCG